AAAACCGCUCUGAAGCUGUGACCAUCGGACAGGAGCUUUAAGAUUAGCCCAUAAGAUACCUACCAAUAAGUCUGGAACUAUUUUAAUUCUAACUUCAUAGAUAUAGAUUUAUAUAGAAAAGAUCCACCAUCGGUCGAACAUAUGUGGAUUCUUCCUGACUAUUGGAGCCAUUGAACUUACUUGACAAAGACGCACUCAGGCAAACUAAACUGUGGGACGAAAAUCAUCAAGCAUUGUUUCCGGCGGAAUGAUUUUAUGAGCGCAAAGAUGGCGGCUUCUUUGCUGAGGAUAGGGCGACUUGGCUCUGUCAAGUGUGUGCAGGCAGAGAGGUGGAGCACUCUGAGUGCUCCUGCAGCUGCGGCCCUAUGCACGAAAGCUGGUGGUCCCAAGAAGCCCAAGAAGAGCAGCUCAGCAAAAAAGUCCCAGGGCAAAACAUAUUUUGAUUUAGAGAAGCUUGUACCACACAGAAAAUAUGUGGAGUUUCCAAAGAAAGUAAUGACACCAGCUGCUGCAGCAAAACUUGCCGCCGCCCCAAAGCCUGUUCAAGCUGCUGCCACCGCCCCAAAGCCUGUUCAAGCCGCUGCCGCCGAGCCAAAGCCUGUUGAAGCCGCUGCCGCAGGGCCAAUUGUUGCCGCGGCUGAAGCUGUUCCGGCCCCCGCUGCAGUCGAAGUCACCCCCGUCGUUGACACAGUCGCCCCCGCAACUGAAGCCAUUGUUGAAUCCGCCGCUCUUGUAGCCAAAGCCGCCCCCGUUGUUGAAGCUGCAGCUGAUGCCGCCGCCCCAAAGCCUGUUGAAGCCGCUGCAUCAGUAGCUGAAGCCGCUCCUGUUUCAGCCGAAGCGGCUCCCAUCGUUGAAGCUUCAUCAGCAGCCAACGCUCCUGUUGAAGCCGUCCCAGAUGCUGCUGCCCCUGCAGAAGCGGUUGCUGAAGCUGCCCCAGUUGAAGCCAUAGCAAAGGCCCCAGUAGAAGCUGCCCCAGUUGAAGCCAUAGCAGAAGUUGUGGUUGAAUCUGCAACCAUCGAAGGUGCGACUGAAGCCCUCGUGGAAGUUGUAGCAGAUGUUCUGACUGUAGCUGCCCCCAUUGAAGCUGUGGCUGAAGCACUCAUUAAAGCUGCAGCAGAGGUUGUAGCUGAAGCUGCCCAAGUUGACGCUGCAGCAGAGGAGCUGAUUGCAGAGCCCCCCCCGGCCGAGGCAGAACGGAUUGAGGCGCAUGAGGUUCAACUGGACCCAAUCCAGAAGCUCUUCCUGGAUUCGAUCCGCGAGUACACCUCAAAGAGUGUGGCCAGUGGCGGUUUGGUAGAUGCAGGCCCUGCGUAUGAGAAGAACUUAGCAGAGGAGCUGACUAAACUCCAGCGGCUUUAUGGUGGUGGAGAACUCACAGCUUUCCCAGAGUUCAAGUUUACAGAGCCCAAGCUGGAGGAAGUGGCCCCCAAGUAAACAUCAAGUUUUUCGUUGUUGGUUUUGUUGUUGUUGUUUUUUUACAGCUUUUUCCUGUCCAUCUGUUCUAUGAAUAUUGGAAGUCUAAAGAUAACUGUAUCAAGUUGAUGCUAAAAUCCUUUUCAUUUUCUAUGUGGGUGGGUUAGAGCUGAUUCCGUAUAAAUAAAAAUUCUCUAACUGAAAGUCUGUAUUAGAUGCACAUGUUGUAGGUCAAGCGUAGGCUGAGCUUUGAGCUGUGAAAUAUAUAUGCAUUUACAUAGAAUGAUCCAGGAAUGUUGGAUGGGGGGAAUAAACUCUGUUCCAUAUUCUA